UAUGAAUAAAUAACGUAAGACACAAUUGGAAGAGUUAUAGGAGAAGGAAAGUAGCUUUGGUAGAGUGUUCAAAGUAGCUGGUCCAUGUAAAUUGUUUUCUUUAAUUUAAUAGUGGUUGUUGCAGAGAAGAUGGCUGGUGCUAAGAUGUUUGAGUUAGUGAAAGUAGGUUGGGAUAAGCUUGUUGGUGAAAUCAUUAAAUUAGAAGGAGAUAAUGCAUCAAUUCAAUGUUAUGAAGAUACAUGUACUUCUUAUAAGUAAAUAUGAUUAGCUGGUUUGACUGUGGGUGAUCCUGUGAUGAGAACAAAAUCCCCUUUAUCAGUUGAAUUAGGACCAGGUAUUUAUUAAAUAAAUAUCUAGGUAUUUUAACAUAAAUUUUUGAUGGAAUUCAAAGACCAUUAUAAGUCAUUGCAGAUUAAUCAGCUUCCAUUUUUGUGCCUAGAGGUGUUGAUAUUCCAGCUUUGGAUCAAGAUAGAGUUUGGGAAUUCAAACCAUCUUCAUUAAUUAAAGUAGGUUCAAUGAUCUCAGGAGGUGAUAUCUAUGGAUCAGUCUUUGAAAACAACCUUUUUGAUGAACAUAAGAUCUUGACAGCACCUAGAGUGUAAGGUAGAGUCACUUAUAUUGCACCUGAGGGCAAUUACACAUUAAAAGAUAAAGUUAUUGAAGUAGAAUUGGAUGGAAAGAAACAUUAAUAUGGAAUGAGUCAUUUCUGGCCUGUCAGAUAACCUAGACCUAUUAUUGAGAAAUUGUAAGGUAAUACACCACUCCUUACUGGAUAAAGAGUACUUGAUGCACUCUAUCCAUCAGUAUUAGGAGGUACUUGCUGUAUUCCAGGAGCUUUCGGAUGUGGCAAAACUUGUAUCUCUUAGGCACUCUCUAAAUAUUCAAAUUCUGAAUGUAUCAUUUACGUUGGAUGUGGAGAAAGAGGAAAUGAGAUGGCUGAAGUGUUAAGUGAAUUUCCAGAAUUAACUAUUUAAAUGAAAGGUAAGGAAGAAAACAUUAUGUAACGUACUUGUUUGGUUGCUAAUACUUCUAAUAUGCCAGUCGCUGCUAGAGAAGCUUCUAUUUAUACUGGAAUUACAUUAGCUGAAUAUUUUAGAGAUAUGGGUUUUAAUGUAUCUAUGAUGGCUGAUUCUACAUCAAGAUGGGCAGAAGCCUUGAGAGAAAUCUCUGGUAGAUUGGCAGAAAUGCCUGCAGAUUAAGGUUAUCCUGCUUAUUUGGCAUCAAAAUUAGCUCAAUUCUAUGAAAGAGCUGGAAGAGUUAGAUGCAGAGGUUCACCUGAUAGAGAAGGAUCUAUUACUAUUGUUGGUGCUGUGUCACCUCCAGGAGGAGUAAUUUAUAAUAUGUUAUUAUCUUUAGGAUUUCACAGAUCCUGUUACUACUGCAACUCUCACAAUUGUUUAAGUCUUUUGGGGAUUAGAUAAGAAAUUAGCUUAAAGAAAGCAUUUUCCAUCUGUAAAUUGGACCAUUUCAAAUUCAAAUUAUGAAAAAAUAUUAGAACCAUAUUUUAAUUCUUUUGAUCCUGAGUUUACUCAUUUAAGAGUUAUGUUCAAAUAAAUCUUACAUGAAGAAUCUGAAUUGAAUGAAAUUGUAUAACUAGUAGGAAGAGACUCACUUUCAGAAGAUUAAAAGUUAUCUUUGGAAGUAAUUCUAAAGAAAUAUUAUAAUAGAUUGCCAAAAUUAUAAGAGAAGAUUUCUUACAAUAAGAUGCCUUUAGUAAAUAUGAUUAUAAUUGUCCACUUUACAAAACAAUUGGUAUGAUGAGAUGUAUAGUUUCCUUUUUCGAAUGUGGUAAAAAGGCUAUCCUUGAAUCUUCAGGAGAUGCCAAAAUUACUUGGAAUAUCAUAUUGAAUUAAACUAAACCAUAAUUUGUCAAACUUUCAUAAAUGAAAUUUGAGGUAAAAUGUUUAUUAUAUAUAUUUUAGGAUCCAAAAUAACCAAAAUAAGAAUUAAUGAAUUAUUUCACUAAAUUUGUUGAUGAAAUUAAAUCAGCUUUUAGAAAUUUAACAGAUAAAUGAGU